AUUGGGAAGAGGUACCCGGAUGUCUCCGAGUUCUAAGAUGUCGGUCGGAGUCUGAGGGAGAAGCCGACGGGAACGGGAUACUGAGAGGACGGGGACGGCACGGAGGAAGAAGAAGCGGCUCCGGCUCCGCACAGCGGCCGGGACAUGUAUAAUAUCGAGCUGGCGGAGCUGGUGUGGGGGAAACGCCCAAACAGUGCCCUGUCUGAUUCCGUUUUCCGCAGAUGGACCCAAGGAUUUGUUUUAAGUCAAUCAGAAUCUACAGCUUUGGAACAAUUUGAAGGAGGUCCUUGUGCAGUGAUUGCACCUGUUCAGGCUUAUCUUCUGAAGAAUUUCCUGUUCAAAUCUGACAAACCAAAUUGGCGCGAUUGUACAGACGAAGAGCAUAAACAUCUUUUCUGCCUCACACUGAGUGAAAUUCUAGAAACUGCUAGAUUAAACAACACCACUCCUUUCUGUUUGGUAAUGUUGGCAAAAGAAAAAUCGACAGAGGAACAUGCCAGUAUUUCUGAAAAUCAGCCAGAGUCCAGUCAGGGGAUUGAAGAGGAACAGCUCUCUGCCUUGGCUGCAGAGGAGCUUGGCUUUGAGAGAUUUCAUGCACUGAUUCAAAAAUGUACAUAUGCAACUCUAACUGAGCUGAAAGAGGCAAUUUUGGAACAGUAUUCAACUUGGAAGAAUCAAUUUGGAGUCCUGCUUUUCCUCUAUUCUGUAAUUUUGACAAAGGGCAUAGCAAACAUUAGAAAUGAAAUUGAAGAUACAGCUGAGCCUUUAAUCGAUCCUGUAUAUGGUCAUGGAAGCCAAAGCCUGAUCAAUUUACUGUUGACUGGAUAUGCAGUCUUGAAUGUAUGGGAUGGUGACAGAGAAUGUUCUGGAAUGAAACUCCAUGGGAUAAGAAAUCAAUCUACUGUAGGUUUUCUGACGUUAAUGGAGUCCUUACGCUAUUGCAAGGUUGGAGCAUACCUGAAGUCUCCUAAAUUUCCAGUUUGGAUACUUGGCAGUGAAACACAUCUAACUGUAUUCUUCGCAAAGGAAAUGUCCUUAGUUGCUCCAGAAUCUCCCUGGGAACAAGCGAGAAGAGUAUUCCAAACAUAUGAUCCUGAAGAUAAUGGAUUUAUACCUGACACAAUGCUUGAGGAUGUGAUGAAAGCAUUGGACCUAGUGUCAGACCCUGAAUAUGUGAACAUUAUGAAGAACAAACUAGACCCUGAAGGAUUAGGAAUCAUCUUACUUGGAACGUUUCUACAAGAAUUUUUUCCUGAGCAGGAAUCUACUAUUCCCGAUUCAUUUACUGUGUAUCACUACAAUGGGUUGAAGCAGUCUAACCACAGUGAAAAGGUUAUGUAUGUUGAGGGAACUGCUGUUGUCAUGGGCUUUGAGGAUCCGAUGGUGCGAACUGAUGACACUCCAAUCAAACGCUGUUUGCAAACUAAAUGGCCGUACAUAGAGCUCAUGUGGAAUACAGACCGGUCACCGUCCUUAAAUUAAUUCUAAUAAUUCUGAAACCAAACAACCUUCCAAAUACUGUAAGCUAUAUUGCAUUUUAAAUCUGUACACAGAUGCUGCUAACUGGAAUGUAGUGUCCCUGAAGUCCUUAAGAAACUGUAGACCUUAAUUAUCCUAAUGACUGUUGAUAAAGAUCCAAGUCACUGUCUUUGACUGUUAAUCAAAAGAUUAUCCAUAGUCAACUGGAAUGUGCUGUCAAAUGACUAAGACAGAGGAGAAAUUGUUUAUUACAUUAUCCCUGAUGUAUAAAAUAAAAGUUCCUUAAAUUAGUGGUAUAGAGAGUGACCUGUAUGGAUUUGGGCCUGUAAUUCUGGGUCCUGUCACCCCCACCAGCUUUGAGAUGGAGCAGGUCUCCUGAUCAUUUAACUGUCAAAGGUGUAGACCCUGAUGGCUGUCUAGAGACCUGGUCUGAGUAGCAGUUCCAAAAGGAACAAUGCAUUUCCCCAAAAACCAAAAGUGUCAGAUUAAGGUGGUAAUUUCCUUCUGUUAGUAAAUCUGCUGCAGUCUUUGGAAGACCCAAUGCACCAUCUUCAUACAGCUGUCAUUUAUAGGUCCCCUUCUAUAACCCAAAAAUCUACAUCAGCCACAAAAAGCUUGCCUUGAUGUUGGGGCAGUUGUCAACGUGAGCUAUUUCUCCACCAGAGAACUUAGAUAUUUUCACAGCACAAUCCAGAGGAACCAGAUUCAGGUGCAAAUUGAAGAAUUUGACUCAUGUUUGAAACCAAGUACAAAAUAUUUACGUCUUCAAGAGUUGCUCAGAAUGUUCUAAAUAAGAAAUGAAAAUAAAUAUGCUGAGAAAGCUGAACUGGUUAGACAAUGUCUAUGAAAAGGCACAGUAUGAUAUUUCAGUUUUCUAUCCUGAUGGAAGAUAAUUUUUAUCUGAAAUGAGAACUCUGCUUUGGUCCAUAGAUGCUGCCUGACCUGCUCAGUUUAUCUAACACAUUUGUUUUUAUUUCACAUUUCCAGCCUCUGUAGCAUUUAAAUUAUUUUCAAUUCUUCAACAGAGUGCAAGUAUUGCUAGAUAAGCCAGCAUUUGUUGCCUGUCCAUAAUUGACCCUGAGAAUGUGCUGGUGUGCUGCUUUCAUGAACUGCUGCAGUCCUUAUGAUGUAGAUACAUCCACAGUGCUGAAUCAGAGCAUGUUUUUUCAAAUGACUUUUCAGAUAACAAAUUCUUCUGAGCAACACCAUUCACUCAAAUGGUUGUACUUCCAUACAUUAUCAUAGGACUCACCAUAAAAGACAUCCCCAACAAUAAUUAUUCCUGAUGUCGUGUGUGAGCAGUGAAAAUGGAGUUGCCAACUGGACGUUUUCUUUGCAAAACGUGUUCCAGCUGAUUGCAGAAACAUUGCAUGGAAUCUCUUUAGUGAUGUCAAUGGAGCACAUCUGCUUCGACACACUAGCAUUCUGCUGUGCUCCUCAGGGAACCCGGUACCAAAAUGCUAUUCUCAAACAGUAGGGGUCAGUUCAAAACUGAGGGUCAAAGACAGCAUGGAUUAUAAAUGUAAUUAGGAAGGAAGAAGCAAAUUACUUUGGAAAAACUGUACCCCUCAAGAUGCAUGCAGUUGCCCUUUAAGUUAAAGUACAUGAAUUUUAAUUUUAAUGUAAACAGAAUUGACAGCAUCCUGUCUAACUGGGUCCAGUAAGUGAGUUUAUUUAUCUUCAACAUCCCAUGAACCUAACCAGUGACAGUGACUAAAAACUUUAUCUUUUACAGUGAUCUCUUGGGGGGGGAGGGGGAUGAAAAAGAUUCCUGGAAAUGUUUGGAUGAGCCAUUUGUUUUACUUUGCGGUGCAUUGCAAUAUGUUUUUAACUACCAGCUGAACCUGAGUAUAUGGCUCUCAGUAAUAUACUGGAAUUCUGUAGUUUACAUUUUUGAAAAAGUACCACGAUGAAAGCCAUAGAGGUAAAAUAUUGAUCCAAAUUGUGGCUAAGUACAAUGUGAUACAUUCUGAACCUUUUCAGUGAUUAAUGCAGCUUAUAUCUGAAGUUAUCCAACUGUACUGGCAAGACUUUCCUUUUGUCAAAAUUACACGUGUUCACCAGUGUUCAUGUAUAUUUAAAUUCCGCUUGUUAGACUGCAUGAAAAAUGAACAAUUUAUUGUGCAUAAAACUCCGUGUUCUCUUAUUUAUUAUGAUUUGGCAGUUGGCCUAAAAUAAAAAUACUGUUGAAAAAUGUUCUUGAAUUAUUUUCUUAAUGCACUUGAGCUAAUUUGAU